AUGGUAACAAAUAGUUUUGUUCUUUUUGCUAUUCGAAAAACUCCCUCAAUGAAAGGCUCAUUUGGUAUAAUUACAAAAAAUCAGACGGUUUGUAAUCUUGUUAUGUGUUCCAUUUUUUUAUUUUUUGUUUUCCCACUGCAGAUGAGCGGCUCCAAUUUUCUCAUCAGCCAUUCUCAUUUUAUGGGUACUUUGGCCAUGACAAUAUAUGAAAUUUCAAAUGGAUCUCAUUUUCUGAUAUCAUGCAAUCGAUUCUGUGCUCUUUUCUCGCCUAUAAUGUAUGAUACAAUUUUUAAACCUUUUGUAACUAGAUAUCUCCGAAAUUCAAUUUGGGUUUUAUCAAUUUUCUCUUGCACCUAUUUUUACGAGAUCCUUAAAUGCAAUUUUUUCUACAACCCUCAAACCUGGACAUUUGAAUUUUUAUCAACGGAUUACUGUAGUCACCUAACCUGGUUUACCGAUUUCACAUUCAACACUACAGCUACAGUAAUCACAUUGCUCAUCAACCUGUCGGCGGCCUAUAAAGAACGAGUGGCUUCUCAGAAUCUUCUAGAUUUGGCGGGAAUUCAAAAAUCAAAAAAUCAGAAAAAUCGAGAAUGGAAUUUCGUGAAACAAACUUGUUUGCAGGGGAUUUCUUGUUUUUUCGGACAAUUUGCUUACUAUUUUUUGGCACCUGUGAUUUCUGAAAAUUCUACAGUACUCCUUUUUGUACUUGCCACGUUGUGGGCGUUCAUGUUGGCGUUUGAAGGUGGGAUCAUCUUGGCAUCGAAUCGAGAAAUUCGAGGCACAUUGAAAAAAACUACUACAUCAGUAUUCGUCAUUGGUUAUAAACGAAAUUCAACUAGAUAA